AUAACUCACUGAACGGUCCCUUAUCCGGGACCUUACCGAUCCAAUAUGGCGCUAGGAGACGAGGUUGUACUUUCUUCUGAUCCUCCAGAGGAGGAAGAGGAGGAGGAUCUGGUGGAUCCCCAGGACACAAUGAAGGAGUCUUGUGGUUCCUCCUGUGAGAAGUACAAGGCUGAGUGGGAUGCUUGUACAGAGAGAGUGAGUGGUCGGUCAGAAACAGCAGAGACUUGCACACAGGAGCUGUUCGACUUUGUCCACUGUGUAGAUUCAUGUGUAUCGAAAGACCUGUUUGCCAAGCUGAAAUGAUAAUACGUAGCCAUAGACAUGGUUGAAGCAUCUACAUGUGAGGGACUUGAGUGGUACCUGUUAAGCUUGGGAAAAUCUGGAGCAGUAGACGACCAUUUGUUGCUUAUGUUUAGCUAGGACCAUUCACUGUUCAGUUGUUCGUUCAUUGGCUCUCACCAGUCUGUUUUGUACAAAUAUUUAGUCUGGACAAAGUAAAUCACAGUUGAAUCCAAA